CAACUCAAGGAAAUAUCAAAGCUAUAUUGGUCAUCAAUCGAUUGUUUGAAGAUGGAUGCGAAAAUUACUAGCUGCAAGGAUGAUCAUGAUGGUGUUCUGGAUCAUGAUGAAGAGGAUGGUCCACUUCCGGGAUUUAGGUUUCACCCAACAGAUGAAGAACUUGUUGGGUUUUAUCUCCGCCGGAAGAUUCAGAAGAAACCCAUCAGCUUAGAGCUCAUCAAAUCAAUUGAUAUCUACAAGCACGAUCCCUGGGAUCUUCCAAAAGCCACAACUAAUGCAGGAGACAAAGAGUGGUACUUCUUCUGCAAAAGAGGGAGAAAGUACAAGAAUAGUAUCAGACCUAAUAGAGUGACCGGAUCUGGGUUUUGGAAAGCAACUGGGAUAGAUAAGCCAAUUUAUGAUUCCAACAUCAACUGUAUUGGACUGAAGAAAACUCUGGUUUACUACCGGGGGAGUGCCGGAAAAGGCACCAAAACUGAUUGGAUGAUGCACGAAUUUCGCCGUCCCUCCGCCAAUGACAACAACAACGUUCAGGCUAACCACACCUCAUGCACCGCUAUAUCACAGAGUGCUACUAAUCUUCAAGAAGCUGAAAUUUGGACAUUGUGUCGCAUAUUCAAGAGAAAUGUGUCGCAUAAAAAGUAUACACCAGACUGGAGAGACUUGUCUGCCAAACAAUCCAGCUCAAAGAAAUGCAAUAUGAUUACUAAUGAAGAUCGUAAUCAAGAGUCCACGAACAUUGAUGGAGAAGCUUAUAUCAAUUUUGGUGAUUCAACCAUUUGCUACGAAGAGAAGAAACCCACUAUCCUCAACCACACUAAAUAUAACAAUAUUGGAAGCAAUGAUGACCAGACACUGCAGAAUGCAGACAUGUUCAGCUGCGGAACGACUACUGUUCCGCAUCCAUACAACUUGGAUUCUUUCACAUCGAGUAAUUCAUAUGCAGAUAUUGAGAAUCCUGACUUUUUUAACGACAACUGGGAGGAGUUCAGAUCAGUUAUACAGUUUGCUCUUGAUCCAUCGUUUAUGUAAACUGAUACGUACUUAUGAAAUUUCAAU